AUGCCAAAUCUGGACACUAGUGAGAUGCUAGUAUCACCUGCCACUGAGACUGGGUCUCAGAGCCACUCGGCUGGGGAUAACAAAUUAAAGGGUGCAGUCUUCUUGCUUCGCGAAGUAGCAUAUCAGUGGUGGUUGACGGCUAAGGAGGGCACUCAGCCUGAUCGUCUAACUUGGGAGUUAUUCAAGACUACAUUUCAGAACAAAUAUGUGGGAGCCAGUUACGUUGAUGCUUGCAAGCGUGAGUUUCUGAAUCUCACACAAGGUGAUCAAUCUGUGGCCGAGUAUGAGGCCAAAUUUUUUAGAUUCAGCUACUAUGCUCGAGGUAUGGUGGCAUCGGAGUAUGAGAGAUGUAAGGAGCGUGAGUUCACGGUUCUGGUAGAGAAGGCAAAGAUUGUUGAGGAUGUUAAGUACGCAGAGCGCCAAAACAGAGGCCGUGAGAGAGAUAAAAAUAAGAGGGAUUCAGAGCCCUUAUGUUCUGUGAAGCGGCCUAAGAAAAAGGCCAGUUCUAAUGGGCCAGUUAGAGUGAGGGCCCCUAUUUCGUCUAUUGCUUCUAUUGGGUUACAACCAUGUAGUGAUUGUGGUAGGCACCAUCCGGGGUCUAUUCACUCAUACAUAGCUAGUAAUGUAUUUGAGACUUUGGGGAUUUCUGUGGAGAGCACUACGAGUGAGGUCACUGUACUGAGUCUGUUGGGGCUAUCUGUUCGGGUUAGUAAAAUUUAUAGGAAUGUACCUUUAGUGGUGCAAGGAACUAUAUUUCUGAUGGAUCUGAUGGACCUUCUGUUUGGGGAGUUCGAUAUAAUUUUGGGAAUGGACUGGUUGGUCAAACACCAGGUUAGUCUGAAUUGUGCGACUAAGAAGGUCGUUCUAAGAACUGGGGUGGGUAAUGAGGUGGUUGUGAUAGGGGAGCGUCGGGAUUAUUUUUCUAAUGUGAUCUCCGCGCUUAUGGCUGAGAAAUUGGUUUAG